GUGGCGUUAUUUUCUUCGUACGAUUCAUAACAACAUUCACAUCACUGUUGGUAAGUAAAUCGAGUUGCAUGUAAACAUUUAUUUUCUUGAGAUUCAUCACAGCCAGGUUGGUUUUCUACCUCUACAAAGUUGAAUCACGAUGUUCUUUAGGUAUGACACUUCACUACCUGUUCACACAUGUUGGUAACACAGUCCUUGAUUCUCUGAAAUUUAUAUUUUGGCAAUACAUAACAAUUUUGUCACAACUGAGAAAAGGAAGUGGAUGGUUAUUGAUACUGGAAUCGGAGACGCCACAUGAUAUUUCGAAUGAACAGAUCGGAAACAAUGCCUAAAUUCCUCGAUUUCAACGACCUGUUGAAGAAUAAAAUGAACGGGAAUUGAGAAAAUAGACUAAAACGAAAGGGAUUAGUUAUUUCAGCUUCAAAUAAACCAAUUGUUUUCUGAAUUUAAAUUUGUCAUUUAGCAUCUUUUCGACUUUGCCCAUCCGAAACGUAUCAACUUUAAAUGGAUGUGGCUUUGAUUGCCAGAGAGCUCUCCAUUCCCUACUUUUUAUUUGCAUUAUCUUUCCGUUCAAGGAAUGCUUAUUCAGAAAGGUUUAUCAUCGCCUGUCGUAGUAAAGUCAAAGUCCAACUGUAUUUGCAUAUGUGCUCAAGUGUUUUGAAUACGAUAGUGGAAAGCAAAUCACAAAGCACGACUUCUCUUGGAUAUAUCACUUAGGAAAUCAUUAGAUGUUGAAGAAAACUAGAUUCUUUAGUAUGUUCUAUGGUCAUUGUCAAGGUAACGCUAUACAUCUCAACGUGUCUAACCAGAGUUGUUAGUCGACGCAGCCGUACUACAAAAGAUAAAAAGUUGAUGACGGCAGCACAAUUUGUCUUAAGUCCUUCUCACGCGAGAAAAUCAAUCAAUUUGGUACAUUUCUAGUGGAAUUAUGUACGUUUAAAAGCGUCUGAAGGUAUAGGAGGUCUAAUCAAAUAAGGAAACAAUUUUGUGAGGUUUUUGACCGCCGCUUUAUCAUGCGUCAGCCGUGUUUUGUCUUGCCAUAUACGCGUACAAGAAUGCAACGAAAGUAGGCAUGUAAUGCUUGAGCGAACCCUCGAUGUCAAAUUAAAUUGGUCGGGGGUCUGGUAUCUACUUUUUGUCAAAUCUAAAAUUUGAUUAAAGAGGAAACAUAAGAUUCAAAUCUAUAACAUCAAUCACAAAGUGGCUAUAGAGAGAUUCCUAAGUUUAUUGUAUGAUAAAUUAACAAUUUGUUUACCCUUUACGAUGGCCGCCACAGUAAUCAAUAAAUAUAUAGAAACAUCUGAAAACUGAUUUAUCCGUGAGUGUAGGCGAGUGGACGUGUUUCAUCUAAAGGGGCAAUUGAUAACCAUCAAUUAGCUUCAAGGUUGAAAAGACAUCAUUGUCAUCUUUAAAAGUACUCUUGCGGCAAACAGCCUCUAGGUGUCCAUUGUCUCAGUCAAUGAAAAGCGGUCUUCUAGGACCCGCAACGGGUUUACGACAAAGGAUUUCGGCAAGAGAGCUUGGAAACUUGCGGCUCUUGACUCUUUACGAGCGGUAGACAUAAAAAUCAAAGAAAACUGCAAUACAAAGAGCGAUUGACACCUUAAGUUUUCAACAGGUUUUCAGGCAAAGUAGUUGGGAAAGCCUAUAACCGUUUUUGCUGAGCAUACUAACAAAUUACAAAAAUUAACCAGCCGUAAAAAGCGAAGACGAGACCGAGGAAAAAAAAUAACGGCUUGCUUGCCAGAAAUAGGAUUUCGAGAGGCUGUAAUCGUGAGUGUUAAUUUGUCCGGCGCACGGCUGAGUGAUGGAGGAAAACUAAUUGUCCGCUUAAUUAUUCUUAAGGUAAAUAUUACCGGUAAGAACUUAAAACCCCUUAAAAUGAAGACAGUAUUUCAGAAUAGGCACAAACUGAUACCGCUUUUCAUCGACGGGGUGUUUUAAUUUGAAAAAGCAUCGCUGUUCAAAAAAAAAAUUUUCACACCGCUGAUAAAACACGUAUCCAGCAGAGAAUGUUAGACCACAACGGCAACGGCAAAGGGAACGUCACCAAACAAAACGCUUAAUGAGCACCUGAACAAUAUUAAUGGCUGCGCACGUUCGUUCUAAAUCUUUGUAAAUUUCUCCGCUUCCUCUGUAAAACAUCAACCUGAAAUAACCAAACUUUGCGUUGUCUGGCGAACACGAACGACAACGGCUAAAUUUUUAUACUACUAUUUCAAAUUAAAUGCUGUGUUCCAUAUUCAGUUUCUAGAUAGCUUUUGCAGUGAGAAACAAACUAAAUACCCUAAGAGUAUCGCGAGAUUCGUGGGUAAAAUGUAAGUUCAAUUAUAACUGACGUUGUCCACGGAGUCGCCGUCGUCCUUUCUUCAAUUCCAUAAUGACUUUCCGAUACGGGUGCCGAUAUCAAGAUCACGCGACACAGAAAAAAAACAUGUCAUUAAAAGCUUUCUAAUUGAGUCCCUUUGUUAUUUUUGUUUCGCAUUCGCGUUGCGCAGAUAUUGCUGGAGUUUUUUGUGCGAACAAAGUCUGAUAACAAAGAGUAGGCGAUGUAAUAUCAUUUCCGUUUUUGAUGAGCUUGUUUGUUUGUUUGAUUGCUCUUCUGUGCAUUUGAAGAAGGUAAGUAGUUUCUUGAGUUCCUGUCGGUUCACAGAAUUUAUAUUUUUUCCUUCAGAUAAAUGUUUUGUAUAUAAUUUCUUCAAAGAGAAUUUCUAACCCAGUCGCUCAGUCAUUGGGUUAAAUUGAUUAAAUCACAUAUAAUUUUUAAUUCAAUCAAAUUAUAAAUGCAAGGGAAUAGAAAAUAACCUAAUGAUAUCAAUAAACAUUGGACUCAGAGAUGUUAGAAACAGCCAGUGACUGGUUGCAAUCGUCUGAAUUAGCAUAUUAAUUGUUUGCGAUAGCGUGAGAAAUGUUUAUUAGGGUCCAAUUAGUGUGAAAGGCGUGCAUAUCUACGAACAAUAUUAAUCACCUUUUGGUUGGGUUUUAUAAACAAAGGCAAAAGGAAAGUUGCAUGUGUUAAAACGACAGCCUUUCUUUCACGGAGGCGCCGUUUUGGCAAAUUACAACAUUUUAUAGAACAAAGUGCUGUCAUGAUCCAGAUAACAAAUAGAACAUUAAUUGGUCUCAUUCACAUUAACAAUGCGUAAGAUACGUUUUCUGAAAGCCAGUCAAGAAUGCUCAAGCUAUUUCUGGUAGCACUUUGCGAGGGGACAAUAUUAUGACAAAAUUUUUUUUUAUUAUUAGCUGGGAACAUUCUGAGGUGCGCCAAAAUAACAUUCGACGGUGCUGAGCAAGCAUUUCUUCAUCGCCGCUGUGCCAUUUAAUAUAAAUUUGCAAUUAGGAGUGGGUAGUUAGGUCGCUGGCACAAAAUAAACAUUGAUAGGUUAUGAUAACAAAAGAGAUUGCUCGGUUUGUUGUUACUUGAUAGAUGAAUGUUACCGAUAGGUACAUUAACACCUUAGAAUAGACACAGUUAGAUACAGGAAAUUUGUAGGCGAUUAAUAUGAACCCCAUAAAAGAACCCUUCCUAGUACACGUGAACUAUUUGUUCUCACAGGAUUUUUUUUUUAAACUUAGUCAAGUAUGGCAAAUUAAAGGCGUCCGGUCUGACACCUUACUCUGACUAGCUCUCUCUAUAUACGCACGUGCUAAGGACUGUGCCGUACUUUUCCUGAUGACCACACGUUGUCUAAUCCGCAAUUAACGGAUAGAUAAUAGUUUCCACCUUCGUCGUGGUUAAGUCAGCAGUGUUCGAGGGUUUAAUUCAAUUGCCAGAAAUUGAUAUGUUUGAGAAGUGUGACGUUCUUUUCUUCGUACCAUUCAUAACAACAUUCACACCACUAUUGGUGAGUAAAUCCAGUUGUAUAUGAACAUUCAUUUUCUUGAGAUUCAGUCACAGCCAGGUUGGUUUUUCCUUCUAUAAAGUUGAAUCAUGAUAUUCCUUUAAUAUAACACUUCACCACUUGUUCACUUAUGUUGGUAACACAAUUCAUGAUGCUCUGGGUGAUACAUAACAAUUAACUGUAUUCCUCGGUUAACAAUACAGAUAAACUAUUUUAAAACAACGCGCUCUUCAGUUAAGCAUGUCGAUGGGACAUGUUUAUAAUUAACAGCGACUUUUUCUUGAGUAGCUUUGUCGCCGGCAGGUUUUUUUGAUGACAUUUACAAAUCUUCUCAACGCUAAGCCGUCUUUGUUGUCCCUUUCCCGAAAACUGUUAUUAUAAGCUUUCCUUCUAAAGAUCCUAAAAAUAGCAGAAAAGUAACUCAGUUUUAUCUCAAGAAAAAAAAGUGGGUAGUUCUUGAUAUUGGAACCGGAAAGGCCACAAAUAUUUAGAAUGAACAGAUCAAAAACAACGAGUGAAGGUUGCAUAUAGUAUCAGGUACAGUGAAUUUUUAGACGAUCAAUAUAUACCCAAUUAAAAAAAGAAUUCCUAGUACACGUGAACUGUUGUCGAUACAGGAAUUUUUUCCUCCAAACUAUGGCAAAUUUAAGGUUUCCUGUUCGACAGCUUUGUAUGCCUGGCUCUUUAUUUGUAAGAUACGAAUUAUGUACGUUUUGAAAGUUUCUGAAGGUAGGAGGUCUUAUAAGAUGGGGAAACAAUUUUAUAAGGUUUUUGACCGCCGCAUUAUCACGCGUCAGCCGUGUUUUGUCUCACCAUUUACGUGUACAAGAAUGCAACGAAAGAAUGCAUAUAAUAUUUGAGUAACCCUUAAUGUCAAUAGUUGGACGGGUUUUCAAAUCUAAAAUUAUAUCGCUUCAAAACGGCUCUCUAUCGGAUUAUUAUUGGUUGCUUAAAGAGAAAACAUAAAGUUUAAAUUUAUAACAUAAAUGAACAGAUGAACAGUUAUUGCUCUCGUCACUCUUCGGAUAAUUACAGAAACACAUGCUCGAAAGAGACCAAAAGCGUUUGCUGUUUUCCUGAGUGGUCCUUCAUCUGACAAAUAAGUCAAGGCCAAUGAACCGCAUCGUUUUGAAAACGCUCCACUUUUGAAGGCGUUUUCAGAACGACCCGUUUCUGAUAACGAACUCGACCGGCGCCGUGUAAACGAAAGGCGUAACCGCAUCGAAACCGAUGCGGAUACAAAUGAAACCGCGUCCCUGUAAACAGUGCCUGAUUUAUCCCUGAGUGUCGGCGAGUGGACGUGUUUCAUCUAAAGUCUAUAACCGUUUUUGCUGAGUAUACUAACAAAUUACAAAAUUAAUGAGCCUUAAAAAAGCGCAGACAAUACAGAGUCAAGUUAAAAAAAAAUUUAAAAAAUAAAAUAAAUAAAAAAUAACGGCUUGAGUACAAAAAAUAGAAUUUUACGAGGCUAUAACCGUGGGUGCUUAUGUGUCCGGCGCACUGUCGAGUGAUGAAGGCAAACUAAUUAAUUGUUCGCGUAAUUAAUGCUUAAGGUAAGUAUUUACCGGUGAGGACAUAAAAUCCCUUAAAAUUUUGACAGUAUUUCUCAAUACGUAGAAACUGAUACCACUUUUCAUUGAUGGGGUGUUUUAAUUUGAAACAGCUAAGCUGUUGGAAAAAAAAAUUUAAUCCCGGAUAAAACAUGUAUCCAGCAUGGAACGUAAGAAAACCAAGACGGCGACGGCAACGGGAACGUCACCGAACAAAAGGCUUUAGUAGCAGCUGAACAAUGGCUGCGCACGUUCGUUCUAAAUAUUUGUAAAUUUCUUCGCGUCUUCUGCAAAACAUUAAUCCGAAAUAACUAAACUUUGUGUUGUCUGUCUUUUAAAAUUAUAUUUCAAAUUCAACGCCGUGUUACAUAUUCAGUUUCUAGAUAGCUUUUAUAGUGAGAAACAAACUAAAUACCCUAAGAGUAUCGCGAGAUUCGUGGGUAAAAUAUAGGUUCAAUUUUAACUGACGUUGUCCACCGCGUCGCCGUCGUCGUUACCUAAAUUCCCCAACGACUUUCCGAUACGGGUGCAGAUAUCAAGAUCAAGCGACGCAGACUAAACAUGUCAUUAGAUGCUUUCUUAUCGAGUUCCUUGUUAAUUUUAUUUCGUAUUCGGGUUGCGCAAAUAUUGCUGGACUUUUUUUGCGAACAAAGUCUGAUAACAAAGAGCAAGCACUGAAAUAUCAUUUCCGUUUUUGUUGAGCUUGUUCGUUUGUUUGUUUGCUCCUUUGUGCAUUUGACAAAGGUAAAUAGUUUUCUGAGUUCCUGUCUGUUCACGGAAUUAAUAUGUUUUCCUUCAGAUAAGUGUUUUGUAUAUAUUUUCUUCAAAUAGAAUUUCUAACCUAGUCGCUCAGUAAUUGGGUUAAAUUGAUUAAAUCACAUGUAGUUUUCAAUUCAACUAAAUUAUGAAUGCAAGGGAAUCGAACAUAAUCUAAUGAUAUCAAUAAACAUUGGACUCAGAGAUGUUAGAAACAGCCAGUGACUAGUUGCAGUCGAUUUAAUUAGCAUACUAAUUGUUGCGAUAGCGUGAGAAAUGUUUUUUAGGGUCCAAUUAGUGUGAAAGGCAUGCAUAUCUGCGAACAUUAUUAAUCACCUUUUGGUUGGGUUUUAUAAACAAAGGCAAAAAGAAAGUUAAGUGUAUGUGUAUGUGUUAAAAUAACAACCCUUUUUUUCUCGGAGGUGCCGUUUUGGCAGAUUACAACAUUUUAUAGAACAAAGUGCUGUCAUGAUCCAGAUAACAAAUAGAACAUUAAUCGGUCUUAUUCACAUUGACAAUGCGUAAGAUACGUUCAGUCUCAAAGCUAGUCAAGAAUGUUCAAGCUAUUUCCGGUAGCACUAUGCGAGGGGACACUAUUAUGACAAAAAUUUUUUUGAUUGUCAGCUGGGAACAUUCUCGGGUGCGCCAAAAUAACAUUCGACGGUGCUGAGCAAGCAUUUCUUCAUCGCCGCUGUGCCAUUUAAUAUAAAUUUGCAAUUAGGAAAGGGUAGUUAGGUCGCUGGCACAAAAUAAACAUUGAUAGGUUAUGAUAACGAAAAGGAUUACUCAGUUUGUUGUUACUUGAUAGAUGAAUGUUAGCGAUAGGAACAUUAACACCUUAGAAUAGACACAGUUAGAUACGACUUUGCUGAUAAGAACAAACAAACGGGGAAUAAUUUAGGAUUAUAUUAAAGUAGAACUCAGUAAACUGCAUUAAACAACAAUCAGAGGCGGUUUCAAUUCACGCUAAAUUCCUUCAUAAACCACAAAAGUCUAUUGAUAAGGGUUUGAGGAUCAUAAACAGUGACGUGUUUAAAGGUUGUUCAGCUAGAAAAUAAUAAAUAAGCCAAUAACUUCGUUUUGCAAAGUUAAAAAACCGCUUAAUUUUUUUUAAUUCUUCGUUCGGCGUAAUUUUAAAAAAGAUGUGCGAGAGAAUCUUUUUAUGCUUGAAUUCACAAGCGGCGCGCCUAAAAUUUCCUUGCUUCAAAUAAAAUCACAAUCUUGAACCUGGAAAUCUAGACGCCGCGGCGAUAGAAUCGAUCGGACUCGCAGUGCAAACAGAAAUUAAAUUACUCAUUCUGUUUAUCAAGCCACAAAUAGAAGGAAAUGUGCGUUAAAGACUACAAAGCAGUUUGCUGAAAACCACGAUAGGCUUGCGCAUUCUUACACAGGUAUUUCGCCGGUUUGCGCGUUAUUUUCAUUCCUCGCACAUGGCCAAAGUGCCUAAUGAUCGUUGACAUGACUUCACUCUUAUGACGAUCUCCGCAGUGGGAUGAUGGCUUUACGCCUUGCGGUUAAAAUUUUGGCUAUUUUAUAGCAAACGAUUAACUUCUUUCUGUACCUUUUUUUUAAGAAUAACGGGUAAAAUUUGUCACGCCUAACGGCUAAAUGCUUUCCCCGUUUUACGGCUAAAAUUUACCUUGUUUAGACCAUCACUGUUUGUUUGUUGGCUCCUUUAUGCAUUUGACAAGGCAAAUGAUUUCUUGAGUUCCUGUCUGUUCUCGGGAUCAAUAUUUUUCCCGGAGGAAAGUGUUUUGUCGAUAUUUUCCGUCUAACCCAGUUGCUCAGUAAUUUGGUUAAAUUGAUAUAACCAAAUGCAAUUUAAAAUUCUCUCAAAUUAUGAUUGCAAAGGAAUCGAAAGUUAACCUAAUGAUAUCGAUUUACAUUGGACUCAGAGAAGGUAAAAAGAGCCCGUAAAUGCUUACAUAAUCCACACUAUUUUUAGUAUCGAGGACCCUUCUUCACUUCAGUGAUUACCUACUCAGUUGUUGUAGAUACUUUUCUUAAGGUGUUUACGUUUCGUUACGUUACCUUAUUGUUGAUCGACCACAAGCGAUAGAGGAUCGUUCCCUCUGACAAAAAUUGUGCAUUUUAAAGACAGUGUAUAACUUAUUGUCGCCGAAAUUAUAAACAAACAGAACGAAACAAAAUAGCUACAAUUCCUCACAUCGGUUAAACCCGACAUAUAAAAGACAAGAUUCAAUGGCGAAUGGACUUGCGUGUCUUGUCGCAAUCAGUUUAAUUAGCAUAUCAGUGACAGGUUAAGAUGGCGUGAGAAAUGGCCUCGCUCAUUAGAGUUCAAUUAGCAUGAAAGAUAUGCAAAUCUGCGAACAAUAUUAAUCACUGUUUGGCAGUAUUUUAUAAACAAUGGCAAAAGGACAGUUAAGUACCUGUGUUUAGAUGGCAAUCCUUUUUCUCGGAGGCGCCGUUUAAGUAAAUUACAGCAUUUUAAUUAAAAAAGAGCUGUCGUGAUCCCGAUAACAAAUAGGACAUUAACCGGUCUGAUCCGCAUAGAUUCCUCAUAAUUGCCCCAAGAAUGCGUAAAUUCUACCUCAGGAGAAAGUCAAAGACAUCAUUCAUCGUGUGCUAGGUUCCACUUCAAUGGCUUCUAUAGCAGCAUUAAUGUUUAUAUAAAAAUCUUAGAGCUUAGCAGUGCAAUGUUUAAAAAUGAAAUAUUUGCUGAGGGUAAUUAAAAAUACAUAAGAAAUGUAUUCUGAAAGUUAAUCGAGAUUGUUCAAGGUGACGAUGUUAUGGCAAAACUAUUUUUCAUUUAUGGGGCGAUGGCUUUUGCGUCUUACGGCGCCGUUGUGCCAUAUAUGUUUUUUUCAAAUAUAGAGUUUCAAUUAAGAGUGGGUGGUAAGGUCACCGGCAUCAAACAAACAUUGAUAAGUUAUGACAACAAAAGGAUUGCUCAGUUUAUUGUUACUUCUUAUUAAAUAAAUGUUACCGGUGGGAACGUCAACACCUUAUAAAUGGACACAGUUAAUUCAGAGUGCACAUUGAUACCGUUUUUCUGUGAUUCAGCGGCUUCACUAAAUAACAGAGCUGUUGUAUGAGGUUUUCAUCGUGAGUAAUAGGAUUCUUAUCCACCUGAGAAUUAAAUGGCUUUUGACACGGGUGUGUACAUAAAAAUCUCAUAAAGCUGUGAGGCCGCUAAACACUUGUUAAGUACCCAUAUAGUUUAGCACUGUUCUGUUUCCAAAACAAUUAUUCUGUGAGGCACAAUUCGCAUUGAAUAAAACGUGGACAAUUUCCAUGUCAAGGUUUACCUAAUACUCUCGGUCCCUUUUCACAAUUUCAAGGUUGCAUAUGAUAUUAGGUACAGGAAAUUUGUAAACGAUCAAUAUGUACCCAAUAAAAGAAUCAUUCCUAGCGCACGUGAAAUGUUUGUUCUUACAGGAUGUGGUUUUUUUCUUCCAAACUUAGUCAAGUAUGGAAAAUUAAAUAUUUGACUACGUAUUAUAUAUUCUAUACUUAUACAUUAUACUUGACAGUCACGUGCAGCGGACUGAUCCAUACUUUCCCGAUGAUCACACAUCGCCGUUCCGCAAUUAACGGAUAGAUGAUAGUUUUCACCUUUGUCGUGGUUAAGUCAUCAGUGUUAAAGGAUUUAAUUCAAUUGUCAGAAAUUGAUAUGUUUGGGAAGUGUGGCGUUAUUUUCUUCAUACGAUUCAUAACUACAUUUACACCACUUUCGGUGAGUAAAUCCAGUUGCAUGUGAACAUCAGUUACUUUCUUGAGAUUCUGUCACAAGCAUGUUGGUUUUUUUACUUCUAUAAAGUUGAAUCACGAUGUUCCUUAGGUAUGACACUUCACUACUUGUUCACACACGUUGGUAACACAGUCCUUGAUUAACGAUACAAAUACUCUUUUGAAAGAACGCUCUCUUCAAGCAGGUCGACGGGACACGAAUAUUAGACAUGUACAAUUAUAUCUUCUCAACGCUAAGCCGUCCUUCCUAUCUCCUUACCGAAAACUGAGUUGUUAGCCUUCCUUCCAUGAGCCAAAAAUUUCUAGCAAUCCUGAAAAUAGCAGAAAAGUAACUACCACAUCCGUAUCAACCUUAUAUCAAUAUAGCUUUGCUUGUCAGAGACCUCUUCAUUCUCUACCUUUUAUUUCCAUAAUCUUUCCGUUCAAGGUAUGCUUAUACAGAAAGGCUUAUCAUCGCCUGUCGUAGUAAAGUCAAAGUCCAACUGUAUUUGCAUAUGCGCUCAAGUGUUUCGAAUAAGACAGUCGAGAGCAAAUCAUUAAGUACGACUUCUCUUGGAUAUAUCACCCAGGAAAUCAUUGGAUGUUGAGGGAAACUAGAUUCUUUACUUUGUUUUAUAGUCAUUGUCAAGAUAACGGUAUACAUGUCCACGCGUCUAAUCAGAAUUGUUCGUCGAUACAGCCGCCAGUACUCAAAGACAAAAGAUACUGAAAAGUUGAUGACGGCAGCACAAUUUGUUUUAAGUCCUUCUCACGCGGAAAAAUCAACCAAUUUGGUACAUUUCUAAUACGAAUUACGUACGUUUAAAAGCGUCUGAAGGUAUAGGAGGUCUUAUCAAAUAGGGAAACAAUUUUCUAGGGUUUUUGACCGCCGCAUUAUCAUGAGUCAGCCGUGUUUUGUGUUACCAUGUACGUGUACAAGAAUGCAACGAAAGAAUGCAUAUAAUGUUUGAGUGACCCCUUGAAGUCAAUAGUGGACGGGUUGCCAGUUUUUAUAUUUUGUCAAAUCUAAAAUUAUAUCGGCUCAAAACGGCUCUCUAUCGGAUUAACAUUUCGAGGGGCUAUAAUCAAAAGUGUUCACGUCUCCGGCGCACGGUUGAGUAAUGAAGGCAACCUAAUUGUUACGGUUUAAGGUAAAUUUUACCGAUAAGUACAUUAAACCCCUUAAAAAAACAAAUUACGGCGUACGUGCCAGAAAUAGCAUUUCGAGAGGAUAUAAUCGUGAGUGUUUAAGUCUCUGGUGCACGGUUGGUUGAUGAAGGCCACCUAAUUGUUGCUUAGUUACUGCUUAAGCAGUAAAAUUUAGACGGUAUUUCAUAGUACGUACAAACUGAUAUCGUUUUUCAUCGAAGGGGUGUUUAAAUUUUGAAGAGCAUCGCUGUUGAAAAAAAACUUAAAUAUCACUGAUAAAACACGUAUCCUGCAGAAAAUAUUAGAAAACCACGACGGCGAAGUCAACGGGAACGUCACUGAACAAAAGGCUUAAAAGUAGCUGACCAAUGGCUGCGUACGUUCGUUCUAAAUAUUUGUAAAUUUCUUCACGUUUCCUGGGAAACAUCAAAAGAAAAGAAAAGGGCCGGGGUUUUCCCUAAAAAAAUGCGCCAUCUAGUCUCUGAUUAGUCCAAGGCAGAAUGGUUGAUCCCAGUUUUGCCUCAUUUAGCAUAUUUAAUUGAUCAUUGAAUCAUGCAUCUACUCAUGUUCCAAAUUCAACAAGAACAGUUUAACAGAGAGACCGCUUCACAUCGUAUUUGAUAAUACGUUAAACUCAGAGACCCUCAACAUGUGUACGUUCCUCGUGAUUUGGUCAAUUUUUCUAGCGAGAGCUGCAAUAUCGGUAUGUUUCUGAUGUUUUGAAUUGCUAUCUCUUCUACUCAUGUUUGCAAAACGUGUUCAUUUUCUUAGGCGGGGUAUCAAUAGCAACACCGCCAUUUCGCCACCCGUUCAAGUUGACUCCUAAACUUCGGUGAAAAAUUCUCCCCUCGAAAUCCCUCAUAUUUCUUAACUAAAUUAGACAAGAUAAUUUAAUGUUAUGUCAAAAUAACAUCCUUCAGUUGAUAAGUCUGAUUGUUCUCUUUGUGCGUUUGCAAGAUAAAAUAUCGGAAUCGUAAGGAAAAAAAAAGAUGUCAAUCUCUGCAAGGAAUUAAUGGUCAACGUUCUAGAAUCAUAAGAUCUAGAGAUCCAGCGUUUGAGGUAAUACAUUGUUUCUUUUUUCAGACGUUAACAUCAGUCUCAAUCGAAUAAAGAAAGCUAUUUAGGCCACACAAGAAUGCGUGGCAUGAAAGUUUUACCAUGCUUGGCUGAUGCAAUUUCCUCUUGAGUAGGGCGUCAUAGCGCUUUCCUGUAGGAACGUGUCGACUGUGGACAUUUGUUUAUUCUAUCAGACCUCCCAGAUGGACAAAUAUUGACUCCACUUUGAUGCCAAGCUGUUGGUUUUCAUAUGAAUCGUGUAGAGUGGUACUUUAAUAAUUUACGAUUAGGGGUUUGAUUAAAGCUGGAAAAAGCCAUAGUCGGAUUAUUUUUUUCCAACUUCUCAUGCACUUCGCACUUCAAGGGAUUACACAGCGCGUAUGACAUUUCAAAAGAAAUAUUAUUUAACAAGAAAAAAAAACAGUGUCGUGACUUAGGACUUAACGCUUGGUUACUGCUCUGUGGCGGCCGAGUUCUCGCCUACGUGUAGCCGCACCCUCCUCCCGAACGAAAACCUGACACUAACCUAUUCAAUGACGUCACUCUAAUCUAUGCAAAAUUAUGUAACUUGAAAAUACUUCUUGCUUGCUAGCCAGAACGGUAAUCGAAGUAAACACAAUUCAAGUGAAGUCAUUUUCCACCGUUUCGGGCAAAUUUGCAAUUUAUUAUCCGCGUUCAAUUGUAUACUUUGUUUUCAGGAUAUAGAAAAAAUUUUAGGCGAUAUUUGUUCGAUUAGCAUCGAGCUUACACGAAACCAGAUUUCAUUCAACGUCCACGCGGUUUCUGCUUACAUUUAAAUGAAGACAGUGCCGCGGUUGUCUAAAAAAGUGGAAUCAUUUGCCGCAGAAUCUCAAGGUUUACAGAUUUCUUUAAGAGAUAGUUGGGCUGCACGUGUGAAGAAAGAGCGACUCAUUUCUCAGUCGAUGGGAUCGCUGCAAGAAACAUGAGAUUCGCAGCACCGAGAGUUGAAGGCGGACAAUCCUCUUGGCCCAAGUUCAUUAGGAUAGUGCACCUGGUCUUCCAUAAGCGCUUUAACGAGCGGUACAAUAAAUAUGGGGAACAGUUUCUUCUAGAGAAGAGAGGCGAUCGAUCUCUGGUGCGGCUUGAUAUAUCGAAACAUCACAGUCACGAUCAAUGUCAGGUUUUCAUGUUAAUUCUCCCCACUAGCUGCUACACAUUUCCUUGUAAAUUAGUAAUGAGAACUCGGUGCUAAAUCAAGAUGACAACUUCUACCUGAUAAGUUUGAAUAUUUUCAUUACCUGUUUGCUGAAUAAUGUAUGGAUAAUCUAGGGAGAAGUUUCAUGUUAAUCACUCCUGGAAGUUAGAGUUAAGGGGGGAGGGUACAGAAGUGACAACUUGUUUAGAUAAAUGCCCCAGACUGUGUCACUUCAACAAAAUAAUUGAAGCCGUAGUCCGACAAAAAAUUUUUUUAAGUUUUUAAAUUUCGUUACGUUUGUUCUAAGUUGCCGGGGCAUUUAGUAAAAAUAAAAUGUCGAGUUUACAAGCAAAAUGGCUAAGAAUUCACGUGGGAAUGCGGCUGGUAGAAGCAAAGCCCAGUGCAUCGAAGCAAAGCCCAUUAUAUCUGAAAGCUGAUCAAGUGUCUCGGUAUUGUGCCAGAUUGAUAUACCUGCUUAACCAUUUUCAAUUUUAUUAUUAUUUUUUUUUUAUUAUUUAUCUUUUUAAAUUUCUUUUUAGUUCGCAGCCGGUGAUUGCCCAGAUAAUUAUUUCUGGGAUGGUCAAAAAUGCAGCGCAUGCUCAGGUUGCACCCUUGGGUUUGGUUUGAAGGAACCUUGCUCAAAAACCAACAACACUGAAUGUCAACCUUGCUUUCCUGGCUAUGAUUACUCGAACAGCACAGGGAUGGAGGAGUGCAUAAAGUAAGUUGGUGUUAUGUCAUGUUUCUCUUAUAAUAUUGUACAUAACGUUACACUCUAAAUCCUGCUUAUUACUCUGUCAAACGCUUCAUCUAUCUUUUCCUUCUUUGUCUCCUGUUCUUACAACACGUUGUCUUCUUUACGUUCUUUUCCUUUAAACUAAACAUAUCACGCUAUAAUGGUUAGAGCACAAUUUUACCUCUUAUUUUUUCUAUUUUGUGAACGCGACACGAGGCUAAAAGGAUGCGAAGAUAGUUUUUCGACAAGCCUUUUGGUAAACUUUUGCAAUGAAACCUUCUUAAAUUGAUUAUUAUUCAAAGUAAAUCUAGUUCAUUGUAAUAUUUAAGCUUUCUACCCUAAAGGUACUAUUUUCCUUCCUUUAUUUAAGGUGUGAUACAUACUCCAACUGUUUACCCGGACGAUCUAAAAAGAUAACAAAGUGCACAAUUUUUUCUGGACACACUUGCGAUGGAUGUGAAGACGGAUACUAUCACCACCAAGGCGUUGGCUGUGAUAAGUGUUCGCCUAAAUGUGAUGCUAUGACCGAGGACGAAAUACAGGCAUGCAAAACUGAGCAUAACCGCGUUUGUGCACCAAAACGAGUUUUGCCUAAAACUCCUCCUGCCUUCAGUAAUGUGAAGAAGGACGGAUGUGAAGAAGGAUACUAUUACCGCCAAGACGUUGGCUGUGAUAAGUGUUCACCUAAAUGUGAUGCUACGACUGAGGAUGAAAUACAGGCAUGCACAACUAAGCAAAAUCGCGUUUGUGCACCAAAACGAGUUUUGCCUAAAAAUCCUCCUAUCCUCAGUAAGUUAAUUCACUUCCAUUUGUUUCGAUACUUAGAAACACAACUUUUGAAUGAAGGAUUAGAAAUGUUUCUCCUUCAGAUGACAAUCCUUUUUUGAAAUUCGUGUGCUUAGUUCAGUUCUUUGCAAUCUUUGGUACUAACUGAAUGGUUUCUUUAUUUGGAUCUAAGCUUUCAUAUUUUGUUUAUUUUGAUUGAUUAUUGUUCGCUUCAUUUUUGUCUUUAAGGUAAUGACUCAAAAGGAAGUCAUCCUAACAACACUACCAAUGACAAGGAUGACGAGAUACCAUUAAUUGGUCCUGAGCGGGGAGAAUCUAAAACAAAUCAGCCACAAGAGGAAAAUUUAAUCGUUGGAAAGCUGUGGCCUUGGCUUCUACUCGUGGUGAUGGUAGUACUAAUGGUCACAUCGAUAGGGCUUUAUAAAAGAAGUCGAAGAAAUCGUCCAACCCAACCAGAAGGCGAUGUCAAUACACAAAACACAGAAGAGAACAUCGCUUCACGCGAGCAAACGAUUCCGUUGAUAACUGAAGGUGGUGUGGAUGCUCAUGACACGAGGGAAACUUUCUCUUUGGGGCCAAGGCAUGAGUUAGGUGAGUUUGUGUGCUUGUCCUCCCCUUUCAACUCGUGAAUUGCGCUCAUGCGCAAGAGCGAGUUUUAGAUACGAUGUGGGGAAUAGCACUUGCUCGCUCGAUUGGUCGGUUCCUGUAUUUUUUUUUCGAUUUUAGGCUUUUGAGUGCAUUUGAUAGUUUUUAGCGAGCAAUAAACAAACGAAAUGGAGAGCUUUGUUGCUAAGAAUAGUGGUGGGGUGAAAAAGAAGCCAAUGAUAAUCUUAAAAGAGUGUUUUUUUUUUCGUUUUAGUUUCAACAAGCGGCGCCAGCGACUGGCAGGCAUGCAAUGAUUCACACUGAACAGAACAACCUUCGUUUUUCAUAAAAUUGUAAUUCACAAUCCUUGAACUUGAAAACAAUCCGAAGAUUCAUUGAAAAUAUCACUUACUGCGAAGCGCACGGAGUUUACAGACGUUCAAAAGCUUUUUCUGUCAUAGCGUGAGAUUGAGGACAAAAUCGAUCAUUACGUUUCGUAUCGUGUGUCUUUCCUGUGUGAAGCAACAGAAGAUGCCGGCGACUGACGAAAUUACAAGUUAACACGAAAAUCAGAUAACACCUAAACAAACAAUUUAGCUACCGAUUUUCAGUGAAUUUUUAGAGAACAAUUUUCUUUUAAGUUUCAAGACAAUUUGAAGAUUCAAAAUACAUAUUACGUACUAAAAUGCGCAAGUUAUACACCACAAAAUUGAUAAAUAGGCCUGAAAUGAAAUUCUAUCUUGUUAUUAAUUAUACGUUGCCUAGCACGUGACUAAAAUCUACCCAGGCGGAGAUCCAAAAUGACGGUGGCAGUCUUGGCUUAAUUAUAUCACUCAAAACUCGUUCCUGUUUGUCUCAUUUGAUAAAGAGGAAUCGUUAAUGUUGUCACUAAGACAGUAUUGCCUUGAUUUUCUAAUAUUUACAAUGAUAGACAGUAAAUUUCACUUUUCACCCACAUUUACUUCUAACCUUUUCUUUUGAACCAGAAACAAAAAUGAUAUACGUUUAAACUGAACACGACAUCAUCCACCCUUGUCAAAUGUAAUAGCAUGACCAUUUCAAUUGUAAUGCCUUCUUAUCCCAACGUUACUUUGUUUCUUUGCUACAUUAGCGAACACUGAACUACUGCUCGUACUCUACAAUCAACCACAAAAUUCCCUAAACCAGAUAGCAUUAAACAUGAACCAAAAAAAUCAUGUGUCAAUUCACGAGUUUGCUCACAGAGCACUUUGAUUUCUUUUUAGAGUCGUUUUGUAUACAACACAUAAUUUCAUAAAUGCAGAUUUUUUUAUCUUGGCUGACAUGUACUCUGCAUUCUAUAUUUCUAUAUAUUUAAUACUUAAAGUAGAUAGUUAGUAAGCCGUUUUUGUAGAGAUAACCUCAGGGAUCUCUCUUUCAUGUACUGUAUGAUUUUUAAACAUAUUUUCACUCGAAUUAAGUACUAUUAAAAGAUGUCUCCGUAACCAAGUCACACAUUGAAACGUAUGAUGGAUGACGAUGAAAGUUGACAUAGAAUAUCAAAAACUUCGAGUUACUCUCUUCGAGCCCGAUUUUAAAAGACUGCGAGGCUACUUUUGACAACAGUAAUUAAUGAAAGUAAAAUUUCCGCAACUUUCUUAGAGUUUUGAUGAAGCAGGCGUGAAAUGGUUUUUGAAAUAGGAUGGCAAGACCUCCUCUAAUCUCCGUUGUUGUUGAAUUUUCAGAGAUGGCUUUAGGUGGGGUGGAUGCCCCAGAGCCUUCUUCAGAAGAACUCGGCAGACAAAAAGGUUUGUUUAGUUCAGUUCAAUACGUACUUUCUGCGAUAUGUGUGGUAUCGUAUGUAAGUUGUCAUUGUGUAUAACCAAAUACACGAGUUUCUUUCUUUUUGUGGUGUUGCAAGAAAGUACGAUGUAGCAAGUAGCAGUUUCCAAUUAAGUUGUACCUGUCGCGGGCAUCCGUAGAAUAAGUUUGUUUCAAUCAACGUGUAUCCGUCACAACCUCCCUCACCUUUCCCAGAAUUGAACAAAAACCUAGGUCCGCCUCAGAUUUUUAUGUCGUAAUCAAAACUAUAACAAAAUUCUCGAACGUGAUUGAUUAUCACCAGCCCGAUUUGAGCACCGAUAGAACAGUGUACGUGUCAUGCUCAUAUUGGACAGUGAAAUAGGAGAGCUAAAGGGACACUACACACUUCAUGCCUGCGUAAGUGGACACGUCAUGUGCGCGCGCUGUUGUCUCGCAUUUCAUCAAGUUAACUGUUUUUUGUUUGUUUGCUUUUUUAUGAAAACGUAAAACAGAUGUCCUGUUCCUUUCUCAAAUUUUGUCAUAGUUUUGAUUACUUAGUAUCAGAACUUCCUUUCGUUCAAGUGAUUAAUAAAUCAGAAACCCGCUUCGCACUCGUCCGAUUUUAUCAACCACUCGCAUGAUCACAGACCGAAUUGGACUCCACUCGGUCCUAUUACCAUUAAUAAUCGCCGUAGUUGCUUCAUUACGUCCAUUGUUAUUUUAAUUCUAGGCUUGGAUCGUCCAAUUAAAACUUUAAGGAUUAAAGAAAAGAAACAGAUCAUGAUUUUCCUGAGUGGCAAAGAUACUGGAGGUAGGCAGAAGCUCUUAACCCUUUACCUGCCAUGAGUGACCAAGGAAAAAUUUCUCCCCACAAUAUCAAUACAACAUCAGGCAUAGAAGUGAUCAAAAUAAAGAAAAUAUCAAUUCGGGGCAAAUUGACAACAUAAGAAUUGUAUAGCAGACAGUAAAUAGAAUUACUAAUGAGAUUUUGGGAGUUGAAGAGUUAACCGUUAUCCGUGUUUUGAAAUUUUUGCAUUUUCCUUCAUGAAAAACAUUUUAAAAACUAUUAAAACAAGUUUUUUUUAAAUGCAGUGUGCAGUGGUGCACACAGUUUUCCCUCAAAGCUCUAAACCUGCAGCUAUUAAAAUGUUUCAUUCAAGCAGUUUUCCAUGUUGUUCUUAAUUUAGGUUAUUUUUACUGGCAAAGUGUAGCGGAAGAACUUGGUUUCCAAAAUGAGUCCAGAGGAUGGGAAGGAGCUCAAAAUCCAAUUGAAAGCCUUCUCAAGGCAUUUGGCGAAAAAGAGGGAAGCACCAUCAGAGGAUUGAUAGAAGCUAUCAGAAAAGCUGGAUUGACGCUUUGUGCGAGUCAGUUGGAAGAUAAAUUUGAUACUCCAAGAAAUGAUACAACUGAUUCUGUCCAUAAAACUUUGGUUCAAAUUGAAGUAAAUGACAAUUCUACUUCUGUUGAUAUACCUUCAGAUCCGUGUAAAGAGGAUGGUGCAACUGAAUCGGUGGAAGGUGAAAUAAAUAAUAAGGCUGAUUCCGUUAUUAAUGUACCUAAGUACGCUGGAGAAGAAACUGAUGCGAAUGACAUUGCUGAUACAGCUGUAUGAACAGCAAUUCUGUAUGAAUAAGUAAUGUUUUGCUAAAUACAUAGCCAUAACCUUGUUUUCUUAGAAAGUUUCUUAUCAGCGACUGAAUUCCACGUUGCCAUGUAUCUGUUCCGUUGGUAACAGAUUACGCUUACGGGGGAUGGUGGGUAAGGUCGGGGUGAGGUAAGGUGAUCCUUGUUUACUGAUUCACCAAAAGUCACCCAAGCCUUCCAGAAGUUUGAAUCGAAUUGAUAGCUAUUAUUACUUUCUUUAACUCAUAAUUCUAUCUAAAAAAUAAUGUGCAAAUUUCAAGUUAUUUACAAAUGCAAUUAUUUAUGCUGCAAUUUUAAUUUAACAGCCUGAUAACAAUUGUCUGAAUUUGAAAUAAUUUAUGAAAAUUUUGAGCGACGGCAGCAAAAAUGUUGGAUACAUUAUUCCUAUUUAAAAAUCCAAACGAGAAAAAAAUUGCUUCUUCGAUAUUUGAGUAACAUGUAUCGUUAAAAAUGUGCGAUCAGAAAUUGGCACCACAGGUUUUGAAUUAUGCAUUUGUAAGUACAUUACAUCUGUUUUGUUUUUGUUCAUCUUUCUUGACGCUUUUUUCCCUUGGUGUGUUGCUGUUUGUUUUUUACCUUAUUUGACUUGAAUAUUUGUGAUAAAAAGAUGGCUAAUGCAUGAACGAAGAAAACUAUCUAGUUCCUAAUCAUUAGAUUUUUUAAUAACCUGAAUCUUUUUUUCGUAAAAGGAACAUUCCUCCUUUAUUUUCGUACUUGGUAGAUCCAAGCAUUUUGACUAAGUUUACAAAUCAUUGUUUUUGUUUAGUGUUUUCAGUAUCAUUUUUACGAGGAAUGUACAGGUUCGUAAAUUUUAGAAAAUGGUUACGAGUAGAUACUUGCAAAAAUGUGACCAAUCAAUCCAAUGUAGAUCCAAUAAAUUGAAGGACUUUUCUAACUGUUAUUUUUUAUCCUUGUGCCGGCUGACAAUUGAAAGCACUUCACUGUGCAUUGAUAGUGUUCUUAGUAUUUUUUCUUCAUACAUUUUAGAAAGUAAUAUAUCAGAAAAUGAUUUAAAUAUACUUAUGAAAUUGUCCUUAGCUUAUACGUGAAUGUUUGGAUAACAGUUCCUUUUAACAACAAGUUGAUUCAGUAAGUUAGUGAAACAUAAUUUCUAUUUAAAUUUGAAAAGACUCAAGUAUAGUAUCGAGAGAAAAUACUUUUUCUUUCGGUAUUUAUGAGUUGGCUAUCGGUUACAUGUAUCUACUAGCUCAGGUUGGUUAUAAUUAAAAUAACCGAUAUCGAUUUGAUUGUAGCUAAUUACCCUUAACAUAGAGUUAAUAAAGUUAAAUGUUGGUGCUGACCAGCCUCUAUUUGAUUAGGAUCAUUCAGAGUGCCA